AUGCUGCACCUACAUCAAAACGGUUCGAUAAAUAAUGGUUACACUAACUGUAUUGCUAGAGCCAUGUAUGACAACAUUGCUGAAGCACCUGAUGAAUUAGCAUUUAGAAAAGAUGACAUAUUAACAGUAUUAGAACAAAAUACAGCUGGUCUUGAAGGAUGGUGGUUAUGUUCGUUAAGGGGCCGUCAAGGGAUAUGUCCUGGAAAUCGAUUAAGACUAAUACCAGGUGUGUAUGAAGUUACCGAACCCCAAAUUAUAUCAUCAAAUUGUAUCCAAGAUCAAAAUCAUUUCAAUCAUGAAAUCAAGCAUCAAAGCUGGCACGCAAACCUGAAUACAGUGACGUCACAACAAAAACUGGGUGACCUCCUUACAUAUGAUACUCCUCAAAAAACUGUCGAUACUAAUGGCUAUAAUAUUCCUCCUAUAAAUCAUGCAUUAGAUCGCCUAACAAGCGAUUUUACAAAACGACCACUCAGUGUUGGAAGCAGUAGUGGCUGCUGUAGUGAUAGUUAUGAUCCUCUCCCAAACCAACAUCCCCUUGUUUCAAAAGAAAGCUAUGAUGUACCGAGACAGCUGAAUAUACAAGUUACUCCAAGUAGUUCAAUCAGCUCAUUAUCAACUGGUGGUAUUUGUAGUAGUACAAGCGGAAGUGAAUCUAAUCGGUCUAGUAGUAUUGGACUGGAUUAUGAUAUUCCUAGAAACCGAACAUUAGCUUCUUUGCCAUCUGAAUUACAGAAUUUAACUAUUAGUAGUCAGGACUACGAUGUUCCAUCAAAUAGUUUGCAACCUAAAGAAUUAUCUAUAGACUUGGACUGUGCACUGGAAUGCUUAGAUAAAUUAACAUCAGAAGUCUCUUCUAAUACUACUCAGCUAUUAAAUUAUGCCGGACCAAAUUGGAGGAGCCAAAAAAAUUUAGAAGCCAAUCUUCUUGAUAUAAAAAUUAUAUCUUUACGACUUAAAAAUAGUUUACACCAAUUUAUUGUAUUUUCAGAAGGAUGUCUAGGAAAUGCAGUUAAUGCUCGUGAUAAAGGGAUCUCAACUAAACUUCAUCCAUUAGUAUUUGAUUUAAUGAAAACUGAUAAAAUGAUAAGUUUUUCCACAAAUGCUUUGGAUUGCCUUGAUUGGAAACCACAUUUAUUACAUAGAGAGUCUAACAAUGAAAGUGAGUAUUCUGAAGACGCCUUGGAUAAGCUAAUUUCAUGUGCCAAAUAUUUGACUGAUGACAUUCGUCAGAUCACAUCGUUUAUUAAGGGUAAUUCAACGUUAUUGUUUAAAAAAAAAUUAAUAUGUGCUGAUGAUGAUGAAGAUGAUGAUUAUGAAUACAUAGGUGAUGAGAAUGGCAAAAAGCCAAAUAUAACUAGUGCUUCCAUUAAAAGUGACAGUCCUUUUUCUGGACUUUCUACUAAUGAUAAAAAAAUAUUUAAUUUCUACAGUCAUCAAAUUGUCAGUCAAUCUGAUUUGUUAACUAGUCACAUUAACACGUUUUUACGAAUUGUUGAAGAGAACCGCCCACCAUCAGUAUUUGUUAUGAAAGUCAAGUAUAUAAUAUUAAUUGCACAUCAACUGGUUGUUGUUGGUGAUACAAUAUGUCGAAAUGUACAAGAGUCAACUGUGAAGAAUCAUGUGGAACAGUGUUCAAAAGCUUUAUCUGCAGAAAUUGACUGCUAUGAUGAGGAUAUGAAAUAA